AUGCUCCCGCCGCGUGGGGCAGAGCCGCGAUCCCUGAGUGUCACGCGCCAGAUUCCCGCUCGCUGGGAUGCUUGGCCUCCGCGAUCAUUGGCAGAUCUCCGCGCCUCCAGCCACGUGGACGUCAACGGAAGCCCUAGAGCCAUCAUCACCGCUGAUCACAGCUCCCACCGCAUUGUCCGCAGAUCUUGCCACAGCGUCCGCAGGUCUCAUCACAUCGCCCGCAGGUAUAACGCAAGGUCCGCAGGUCCCAGCACACCGUCCGCAGGUCCGACCCCGAUGUCAGCUCCGCUUUGCUCCAUGAGAGGCUACGUGGGCAAGCCCGGCCCGCCGCCAUGUGCACAGGACAGGCUCGGCCAGCGACCGUCCCCGCGGUCCCCGCCGCCUCUGGCCGCCCAGUGCGUCCUCCACGUCUGCCCGUCGCUGCCCACCCCGCUGCUCCGAGACCCCCGCAGGCCCCGCGGCGACAGUGCCGCCUCCUCCUGCCACUUGGCCAUCACGCCUCAACUGCGCUGCCCGAUCCCGCAGGCCCGCUACUCCGUGCUGGGGGCGCUGCCCACCGUGUGCUGGGACGGUGACCACCAGAAGGCCGUGCUGUCUGCGCGGAACUCCACGAUGCUGUACCGCCUGGACACCGUGCGGAUUCCCGCUCCCCGCAAGCGCCCGCGUCCUCCAGGGCCCGAGCACAUGGUCAGCUCUGCAGCCCAUGCAGAGCCAGACCCGGGUGCAAAGGAGCUGCCACCUAGUGCCCUCGAAGACGGGAGGAAAAGGACCAAGAAGGACGAAGACCAAAUACUCGGUGAUGAGCAGGGACAUAAGAGAAGGUACCCUGAUUGCAUUGCAAGGGAACAUGCCUUAGCUGAACCCCUGCUGGCUAAUGCUUCUUUAGUGCCUAAGCCUGAGUCCCUAAAGAGAGGCCUUACUUCCCAGAGUUCAGACCUCAGGAGCAAGCGAUCUUGCACCUCUUCUGUGUCAAGCAUGCAAACAGGUGACUUCCUUUGCUCUAGCCUAAACACCAUCACCAGUUCCUACAGCUCUACAGUAGGCAUCUCACAGCUGUGGAAGAAAGGGGGUCCCACCUCACCCCCCUUUUCUAGCCAGGCCUCCUCUGGCUCCCAGAUGUCAGAGAGACCAGUCAAGAAAGCAAGAGAAGAGGGGCUGUGUCAUCCAUCCAGUUCUUCAGCUCCACAGGGGACCACCAAGGAGUUCCAGGGUGAAAGGGCUGCAGAUGGGACUACAGGGCCACAGAAGGACUCCAGAACUUCCUCAUCCACACCUGCCAUGUCAGGGAGCCGAAGACGGAAGACCCGGCUGCUGCCCUGCAGGCGAGGGGUUCCACUGACCUUGCCUCCGCCUCCUCAGCUUGGCUGUCCCAUCACUGCAGAAGACCUGGACCUGGAGAGGAAGGCGAGGUUCCAGUGGUUUAACAAGGCCUUGGAGGACAAGACUGAUGCAGCCUCCACUUCCGUUCCUGAGAAGUCACUGCCUACUCAGCCCCCUGUCACUCACCCUGCCUGCAGCCAGUCCUGCUCCCUCGCUGGACUCUCUCCCGGUCUCAAGUUCGAAUGUGCUGCUGGCGACCUGCAAGAAGAUGGAGAGCCCUGGUGGUCCAUUGGCCUCCACAGACCCUGCCUCAAAAACCUCCACUUCAGCCCCUUCAGAACCCAAAACAAGUGGUCUUCAGGACCCUGCUGUCUCUUCCCUGCCAUGUCCCCCGCCAGGCACUUCAUCCUUGGCUUUCCUAGCGCUGUCCCCUGCUUCCUCCAUGACAGCAGUCAUGAACACCAAGGUGCUUCCAGGCCCUCAGACUGA